AGCGCUAUCGUAGAGGGCAUUUUUCUAUCUUUUCUUUUUUUCCGGAUCGCUGAAACAACGAAAUUAUCGAAAAUGGCGUUAAAAUCGGACCGUAUGACAGAGCUUAGUGCCUACAGGGACCAGCAUUUCGGGGGGUCUAUGGACAACCAAGAGAGAAAGCUGAAAGAAGCAAGCACUCUGUACAUAGGAAACCUGUCUUUCUUUACCACUGAGGAGCAGAUCUAUGAGGUCUUCUCUAAGUGUGGCAGCAUCAAGCGUGUCGUCAUGGGGCUGGACAAGAUCAAGAGAACGCCAUGCGGUUUUUGCUUCGUGGAAUAUUAUGAUCGAGAAGAGGCAGCCAACUGCAUGAGGUACGUGAGCGGAACACGUCUAGAUGAUAGGAUUAUCAGGACAGACUGGGAUGUAGGCUUCAAGGAAGGGAGGCAGUACGGCCGAGGGAAAAGCGGGGGACAGGUCAGGGAUGAAUACCGGACGGACUACGAUGGCGGACGAGGUGGUUAUGGGAAGGCUGCCCUCAAACAGCUUUCAGCGGGCAAGGAAAAACCAAGAUACCAGCAGUGGGUUAGCUAAAACCUGACAUGGAUUCUAAUCAUAAGAAAGACAAUUUGUGUUUGUUUUGGUCAAGGAUAGCCAGCCCACAUAGACCUCUCAAAGGCAACAGUUCACACUCUUCAUCAGCUGCUUGUCCAACUUUUGGAUGAACAAUUUGACCAACUAAUAUUUGUUUUGGGACAAAAUGCAGAAAGCUAGGAAAACCACAUGGACUUCUCAAAUGCAACAGUUCAUACUGCUUGCAAGCUCUCCUUGAUGGCUUUUUCUCAACAAUGUUACAUGCUCUGAUGUCCAAUAUUGGAGGAAAAGUUUGAACAGUUUGUUUUUGUUGUUGAUAUAAUGCAGAACUAGGAUAACUCCCAUGGACUUCUCAAAACAACAGUUUGUGGAACAUUUAUAGAAUGCCUGCUGUGCACAAGUACUUUCAAGGUACAAAGCAUAAGAAACAAGCACAAUUAUUAACUUGUGUAUUCCAUCCCAAUUAUACUUGAGUGAUUAUGGCACAUGUUUUGUUUGUUUGUUUGUUUGUUUUUUAUUUCUUUUAAUAUUUAAUUUUAAAGAUGUAAUGACAUUGAUAGCUUUAAUUCAAUAUCUAUUGCAUACUUUUUAUAAAGAUUACUUUUCUCAAAUUAUGGAGAAAAAAUGGUCACUGGUACUUGACAUUUAAGCUAAGGAAUGCUAUUCCAGUCAGGAUAGUUGUGAGACACUUUUAAAUUUCUGUUUUAUUGUAAGAAAAUGUUCAUGUGAAAUGUGCGCAAGGCUAUAAUAUUCAGGUUUUCACAUGGGAGUUUUUUAAUUUUUAUCAAGGAUCAUUCACAUGUGUCACUGUAAACCCUGGGGGCUUACCACAUUUUGUUUUAAUUCUGUAUGUAAAAAAUGGCAUGUGGGGAUGAAGAAAAACAAACUAUGUGCAACAAAAGUUCCUAGUUGUACUCACUUAACUGUGUGUCCUAAUAAUAAGGAUAGGUGGAAAUGUGUAGCACUCUGUGCAUACUUACAUCAUAAUAACAUACAAUAUGAAGUGCUCUACACUUAUUGUACCCUGUUGAUUUAUGCUGACAUAUGUGAACAAUCUUUUGGAAGGGUGGUAACUGUGCUAACAAAAUCUUAAUGGUCUGGGCCAUCAUUUUUAUUUUGUUGUCAAUAAAAGGGAAAUAAAAUGUUUGAUGAUCUUCAAUCCUAGGAAUGUACAGGCAAUGACUGUUUUUUCCCCUUUCAAUUUAACCUUGAAUAGUUUGGGUAAAUUCACAAGUCACACAGCGAUGUCGAAAUGUAAUAAAUGUCUUAAAAUCAUGAUUGUAUUAUAACCAUCUAAUUUUUUACUUAUGAUCUCUGCCCUUUAAAUUCAUGAAACUUUUAAAAUUCUUUGAUUGAAUAAUUUCCAAAUACUUUUGUGUUAAUGUUUUGAGCCUGAACUUGGUACAAAAUAUGAAAAGAUCAACAAUUUAAAGCUUCUCAAGUGAAGAAGAUGCUUCACCAAGUUGCUAAGUCAUUUUGAGUUUUGUAAUUUCAUUUUAAGUUGCUAUAUCACUAUUUAUCACUGAGCCAUACCUUUAUUUUCCUGCCAGAUAUUCAUUUUGUGUAGAGGUAUUAUGACCAGAAAUUGACAUCAGAAACAUCAUUUUACUGUAUGUUUUUGUCACAGCCUAGCUCUAGUAGGACCAUAUUAAAAACUUAGAUAUGGUCAGUAACGUAAGGAAUAACAAAAUUUGCCCACCCACAUCUUUGUCCAGUGUUUUUCAUAUCACAUGAUUUACAUUUUCCAGCAUGUUUGCGUCAUUUUGUUAUGAUUUUGAUGAUUCCAAAACCUCAUAGCUCAUGGACAGGAAGUCAUUUGAUUCACGUCAUAGAUAAUUUAUUUUUGCAGAUUAAUACACUCCUUCUCGAAAAAUGGUUUGUAUAUGUUUACCCAUUUAUGAUUAUAUGAAUGUCAUGUUCUAAUGUUGCAUGAAAUUAGAAGUUAGAUUCUCAUGCACAAGUGAGUAAUGAUUUGCAUUGUGAAAUAUUUAAAUGCUUAAUACUAUACACUGCAUUAAUUCCACCGACCAAUUAAUUAUGAUCAGUUUAGGCAAUUGGUUUUGGCAUGUUUUGAAUAAUAGAAUGCGCCCAUUGCUUUACAAUUGCUAAGCCAUUACUCAUCAUCACUUUUAUGUUUUCAGUUGUCUUUUUUAGAUAGCAUUCUAAACCAAAUAGGCCAUUGCUUUUUGCAGUGAAACCUGUAUAUAGAGACUACUCAAGGGAGAUCUGCAAAGCUUUCUUUAUAAAAAGCAUGCAGAUGACAUAGUCUUUAUGAUAUACUUUCUAUACAGGUUUCCAUAGAAACUCAAGUCAAAGAAAGUUAAAAAUUUGGUCUUUAUACAAGGCAGGUGGUCAACACACCAGUAGAUUGUAUCAUGUUUAUUUUGUGAGUGAUUUAUUCCACAGGUUCAUUAUGUUUGUUUGUCUACUUAUUGAAUGAAUAAAUGGGCAGAGAUAAUGUGA